UGGCUGGUUAUGUGGUCGUAUUACUUAACCAUGUAUUUUUAUAUUGCUUAUCACCUCUUGUUCGAUAACUCACUAAAUUACCACUACUGUUCAGUUAUACCGCGUAUUUACUGUACAGUGCUACUUAGUGUUGGUGACCAUGGCUCAACUAAGAGUUAAUUUUCAAUUAGGACCAAUGUCGGUGGAUGGCAGCAGACCGACGACUCCUCCACAGUUUGACGUCACGCGAAAAGCGAGCAAUUUUAGCGACUAUGGGCAUGACAAUCCCACGUUUGAAUCGCCCGCAAGAAGUAGAAAAGUAUCUACAAACUCGGAGCACGCGGAAAUAGGUCCGGUCAGAAAAAAGAGCAUACUUCAUCUUGCACAGAAUAGUACCGUAGAAAAUGUUAAUCAAGUUGCGCCAGAAGUUUCACGGCAAGCAAAUGGAGAUACAAGAUGUCAGAAGCAAUCGAUUUCGGAAUCAACUUCUGCCAGACAAAGAUGCACCUCAGACACAAACGAACAAGAUCACAGUUCGUGGUGGUACACAUUUUGCUUCAAAUGUCGAAAGAAAGAGGCACACCCCUCGUGGGAACCGCCGAUGUGGCCACGCAUUUGUCCAUAUCCGUUUUGUCCGACGUACAGGCAGUUUUCUAGGAUAAUAGGAAUAGCUUUCAUAGGAGUAUUUUUGUGGGGCGUUACGUACGCGAUGUUAGGCGAAACUGCGGCGCCAGGGGGCCAACUGUUUCAAUUAAUUUUGCUCACUCUCUGCGCACACUUUGGUGGUUGGUUGAUAAGCCUAACGACGCUUCCGGCGCUCAUAGGAAUGCUCUUUACUGGACUGCUGCUCCAAAACGUGGGCUUGAUCAACUUUGAUGAGUCAUUUAAAGAGGUCACAAGAGACCUAAGGAAAAUUGCUUUGGUUAUCAUUUUAACACGCGCUGGACUGGAUAUGGACCCCCAUGCCUUAAAGAAGCUAAAAAUUACGGUGCCGAAACUGGGGCUAGUACCGUGGACUGUAGAGGCGGCAGUCGUAACCAUUAUGUCGCAUUACCUUUUAAAUUUACCGUGGGAUUGGUGUCUACUAUUAGGAACUAUAAUCGCGGCUGUGUCGCCCGCUGUCGUCGUACCUUGCCUAUUUAGACUUCGAACUAAAGGAUACGGAGUGGCGAAGGGCAUUCCGACGUUGAUCAUCGCCGUUGCAGGAAUAGAUGAUGCGGCAUCCGUCGCUGGAUACGGAAUUAUUCAAAGCAUUAUGUUUUCGCACGAUUCGCUAACAUCGCAGAUCCUUCAAGGUCCCUUGUGCCUUCUGGGAGGUAUUGGGUUUGGGAUAUUAUGGGGUACAAUUUCAAAUUUUGUCCCCGAAAGACACGAUCCCUUCGUGGUCCCACUAAGGAUAGUAAUGCUCCUGUCUGGCGGUUUGGUCGCUGUGUUCGGAAGUGAACUGAUCGGUUACGAGGGCGCAGGGCCGCUGGCCGUUGUCGCAUCGGCCUUUGUCUGCCUUUGUUUUUGGACGAAGCACGGGUGGGAAGUUGAAGACAAUCCCGCAUCCACAGCCUUUGAAAUAUUCUGGAUGAUUUUUGAACCUAUUCUCUUUGGAAUCACAGGGGCACAAAUUAAAUUUGCGGAGCUAGAUGUUGGUGUAGUCACAAUUGGUAUAGGAAUAUUGAUUGCUGGUGUCUUAAUACGAAUAUGUGCCACCGUCAUCGUGGGAAUAGGUAGCAAAUUGAAUUUGAAAGAAAAGAUAUUUGUUGCACUUUCGUGGAUGUCAAAAGCGACUGUUCAGGCGGCGCUUGGACCUAUCGCUCUUUCAAUCGUAGGUGACAAACAACCCGAGAAAGAUUACGCCGAAAAGGUCUUAAUGAUUUGCGUUCUUUCAAUUAUAUUAACCGCUCCCACUGGUGCAAUUUUAAUCACACUAUCGGGAUCACGACUACUUACAAAACUUAAAGUCCAUCCUCACAUUCCAGAGGGUUGGAAAAGAAGCCACAGGCCCUCCAUAUACGAUAUCAGUAUAAUAGAUGAAGAAGACGAGUACAAACGAGAUGGCGAGACGGUGGAGAAUGGAGGUGGUGAUAAAACAAAUAUAAGACGUGAACCUUAAUUGAUCAAGGUGUUUAAUGUUAUUGCUUUUUUUUAGAAUUAAGAGUAGCUGUAAAUAAAAUGUUUUGUUGAAGACAUGAAAAGCUCAUGAAGGACUACAUGCAUUUCCAAUG